ACCCCAGCUCAGAUUCCGCAUUCCCAACCCUCCUCUGUAUCCUUUCUAUUUCUCUCUCUCUCUCCCUCUCUCUCUCUGUCUCUCUUUCUGUUUGUUUCCCGAGAAAAUUUUCUGAAGAGAGAAAAAAAUGACGGAAGUACUGAGUGAAGAACAGAUCGUGGAGUUUAAGGAAGCCUUUUGUCUGUUCGACAAGGACGGCGAUGGGUGCAUUACUAUUGAGGAAUUGGCGACGGUGAUCCGAUCGUUGGAUCAGAAUCCGACGGAGGAGGAGCUUCAGGACAUGAUCAAGGAAGUCGACGUCGACGGCAAUGGAACUAUCGAAUUUACCGAGUUUCUCAAUUUGAUGGCCAAGAAAAUUAAGGAAACUGAUGCGGAAGAAGAGCUGAAAGAGGCUUUCAAAGUGUUCGACAAAGAUCAAAAUGGAUACAUCUCAGCUACCGAGCUGAGGCACGUGAUGAUCAACCUCGGGGAGAAACUUACAGAUGACGAAGUGGAGCAGAUGAUCAAAGAAGCCGAUCUAGACGGUGAUGGUCAAGUCAAUUUCGAAGAAUUCGUCAAGAUGAUGAUGGCCGUUGGAUGAUAGCGUCAAGUGGACCCCAAAAAAGGGCGAUUACUUAAUUUCAUUUAUUUUCAUAUAAUUUCAUUUAUUUCCUGCUUUUUACGUAAUUAUUAAUUUGUAGUUUUUUUUUCCCCUUUUAGCCCCACUUCCACUUGUUCAUUAAUGUAAGCACCUCUUUAUUCCUAGUAACAAUUUCUUACUGUUCAUCUCUUUA